AUGAGUGCGGUCGACAUCGCGGCGAAGGCCGUCUUCACGGCAUCGUCGACGUCUGCGACGAACGGGAUUACAGUGGGACAAAUCAUCGUCCGAAAGAUGAAGGCUCCGCCCUGCGCGGAUUUCGAGUGCACCGGCUGCAACUAUCUCAGCACCAAUGGGGCCUAUUAUGAAGCGCCGCCUGGCCAGUGCUCCUUCGACUCGUCCACGCAGAAGUGCAAGACGUCGAUCUGGAACGACGUCGAGAAGGACACGUGCCUCGCCGAGGCUCCGCCCUGCGCGGAUUUCGAGUGCACCGGCUGCAACUAUCUCAGCACCAAUGGGGCCUAUUAUGAAGCGCCGCCUGGCCAGUGCUCCUUCGACUCGUCCACGCAGAAGUGCAAGACGUCGAUCUGGAACGACAACAAGGGCAACUUUGACGAGCUUUGGGGGUUCGAGUACACCGUCGAAGGCAAGGCGUCCCGCUGCAAGCUCUUCAAGGGCCCCAUCCUCUCGACGCUGCCUGUCGGCGGCGCGCGCUGCUACAAGAAGGCGUCCAAGACGGAGCUCGGGCCGCACAAAAAGCGGCUCUAG